AUUUCCUGUCCCAUGUGACGUCAACAACUGGGGACGCACAAUCGCGCCGCCUUUUCAAAUAGCUUUAUUGUUCCCGACGGAAUAGGGCAGUGUGGGCGCAGCAGAGGCAGUGAGUGCGGGAUCCCAACAUGUUCUACCACAUCUCAUUGGAACAUGAAAUUCUUCUGCAUCCAAGAUAUUUUGGCCCUAACCUUCUCAACACUGUCAAACAGAAGCUCUUCACUGAGGUCGAGGGAACAUGUACUGGCAAGUAUGGCUUUGUGAUUGCAGUGACCACAAUCGAUAACAUCGGUGCGGGGGUGAUCCAGCCAGGCAGAGGGUUUGUGCUUUAUCCGGUCAAGUACAAGGCCAUUGUCUUCCGUCCUUUCAAGGGUGAGGUGGUGGAUGCUGUGGUGACCCAGGUUAAUAAGGUUGGACUGUUCACUGAAAUUGGUCCUAUGUCCUGCUUCAUAUCGAGACAUUCAAUCCCCUCUGAAAUGGAAUUUGACCCCAAUUCUAACCCACCAUGUUAUAAGACUGUGGAUGAGGAUGUCGUCAUUCAACAGGAUGAUGAGAUCCGGCUCAAAAUUGUCGGGACAAGAGUGGAUAAAAAUGAUAUUUUUGCUAUCGGUUCUCUGAUGGAUGAUUAUCUUGGUCUGGUGAGCUGACGUGUACCACCCCCUGUCUCUGAAGUAACAAAUGAUCUGCUCCCUCGGCAUCCGUUGUGUUUUGGUGCCGUGCACAAAGCAGGAAAGGGUCCAUUUAUGGGGAUGUUUAACCCGUUGUACAUAUUUUCCCAUUUGUUUUAAUAAAAGGCUACAAACUAA